AAUAAUAAAAUAGUACUACAGUAGUGCAGUAUCACGUAAGAGCGGUGCACGCGACGACGCUUGCGUAAGCUUGUUCCUCGGAUUUUUCACCGUCUCACACACACACACACACACACACAAACACACAAUCGUUGUACCCGCGCACGACCGGGGCCGUCUGUCGUCGUCGGGACGUAACAGUGCGCGCUGUGCAGUCAUCAAUGAUGUUCAUUGGUGACGGAGAGUCGUCGGUCGUAGUGAUUCGGUAGGACUGUGCUCGGCCCGCAGGUCCCGGAACAGUGCGACGACAACGACAACGGCCCGCGACGACGAUAAUAUCGUUUUCGGCGAUUAAUCGUUACGACCGUCGCCGCGCGCGUUCGUGGCACGGUCGUUCCGUUUCCGAGUGGUGUUGAGCCCGCCCGUCGAGUGAUAUAACGGCGGCGGCGGCGGCAGAGGUGGAGGUCACCGUCGCGCGUCGACAUCGCCGGUUCAAGGCGAACGCGUUGUCGUCUUCGUAGACUGUUCAACGGCCAGUAGGUCGCUCGCAGUCUCUCUGCUCAACGGCGGCUGGCAGUGCGCGCGACGAUGGUCGGGAUCGUCUGAUCGUCGGACGUCUCAUUUGUCGGUGGCAGCCAGAGUGGACGGAGGGGCGACCACAGCGACCAACGGACCAAGUGUUUGGGUUGUGCGGCGCGGCAGCGGUGUCGGCUACGACGUCGACAUCGGCUUCGUGACGUAACGCAGACCAACUGUCUUUUUCUCCGGUCCAAACUCGACUGUACCGCUCGACGCCUGUUCAACUUCAUCCGCUGAUGAAUGAUCACUCACACUCGAAACAUUGGUGCAUUUGACCAGUAGUAAAAGACUGCAAUUGGUAGUUAACCAAAUUAAUCAUCAUCGACAUUGUUAUGUUUACGACGGCGCGGCGUUGCGUUUCUAACGCUCUGUCUGGUGUAUCAGUUUGCGGCUGUAAUCGAUAUAGCCCUAAUACAGUUGCUGGCUGUUAUAUUAGGAAGCUAACUAGAACUGCCAAUAGUAGCGGUGGUGGCUUUAAAGCUGCUAUCACUACAGCUCUUCUAUUCAUCAUGGGUGCUUUAUACUGUCUAUAUGGUACUGGUGGCAAUACAGGUAGCACAGUGGCGCCUAUUGCUUUCAAUCAACAAUCAUUAGGAACCAGUGAUUCGAUAAUUGGGGCGAAUCCAGAUGCAAUUGCAGACGUAGCGACGAUGACUGGUGGAAACUCGCACCCAAACCUGGAUUGUGGCGGUAACAAUGGUAAGAAGCGACGAAGAAAACAGCAAAAGAUAAAAUCACCGAAUGGUGUGGUUACGGCUGCUGAUAUGUACGAACCCGGAUUCCGUAUACGAAAUGCAGGCCUCUGUUCGACUAAAACCCGGCUAUUGGUACUGAUCACUUCGGCAGCAGCUCCAGCACACUCUCAAAAUCGACAAGCCAUUCGUAUGACAUGGAUGAACCGGUAUGGUCCAAGUGUGAGCAUGGCAUUCCUAGUGGGUACACCACAAAUGUCUGAGACAGACCCAGUGGCUCGAGUGCUGGAAGCUGAAGAACAAGCACUCAAGACUCGUUUAAACCAGCAUAAUAUCAAUAAUAACAUCAAACAGAAAGAAAAGGUCAAUUCCAAGCCAUCUGGAGCUGUGACCUCUGCAGCAGCAGACAUGGUGGUAGAACCAUUGGAUGAUGUUCCUGGGCGUUCCCAGUUUUUGAGAGACCGAGAACCAAACCCUGGAGAAGGUUUAGAUGCACAUGCUAUGCAUGGGUUAAACGAAGCAGAACGAGCGGUGCAACGAGUAUUAGGGCGAGAAUAUGGUCGAUAUGGUGAUUUAAUACAGUGCCAGUCUCGAGAUACUUACACUAACUUGACUCUGAAAUCUAUCGCUGCUCUUGAAUGGACCCGUCAAUAUUGUCCAUGGGCUCGGUACCUAUUAAAAACAGAUGAUGAUAUGUUCAUCGACGUACGUAGAUUAUUGCGGUUUAUCAAUAAAGUUGAAGCUGAAACUGUUACAGAGUCCAGUGUCAGUGGACUCCAUCCUCGGCCCCUUGAAUCCAUGCAUGAUCCAUAUGAAUUAUUCACCUUAGGUGCAGAUAUGUUUGAGUCUGUAACCACUCCUAGUUUUGAUAUUGAACUGCCGCCUACCAUAUGGGGACGACUAGCACACGGAUGGCGUCCGAUUCGUCAACAUAACAGUAAAUAUUAUGUUUCCCGUACACAAUAUACUGGUCGAGUAUACCCCGAUUUCUGCACGGGGCCUGCAUACCUUAUGACCAGGUCAGCAGUAAGCCCACUAUACGAGGCGGCACUAGGUAAAGAUUUUGAUAUGGUCGAUGAUGAUGAUGAUGAUAGUAAUCAGGAAAACAAAAAAAAUAUGAAUGAAGAAAAUGAAGAUCAAGAAACCAAAACCUACUUAGGAAAAGGCUGUGACAAUGGUAAUCAGACUUUAGAUGUUAGUGAUGAUGUAUAUAUUAGCAAAAAUACCGUGCCAUACUUAAAAUUGGAGGAUGUUUACUUAACUGGAGUUGUAGCUGAGCGACUAACACGCCGGGCAACCGAGCGACAGGCACGCCGAGAGCUUAAAGAAAAAGAAAAAAACGCUUUAAAUAGAGAUAAUCAUAACCAAAAACCAAAUGAUGGUAAAGUAAUGGAUAAUAAUGGUCAUCUCGAUAAUGGUAAAAAUACAAGACUGAAAAAGACAGAUAUAAUUGUAAAGGUGCGACGAAUACACGAUGAUCAAUUUGCAAACAAAAAAAUAACUGGUCGAGCAUUGGAUCGAGCUGUGUGCAAUGGUCUAAGCCCUAGCGAUAGUGUUGGUACUAGUGGAGGUGGUGGAUUUAGUUGGUUCCGGUGGUAUUGGGGAGAUACAGCAUUGGACAAGGACAUAAAAAAAAAGAAAAAAGAUCAAGGAGUAAUUUCUUUGCACAUGGUUAAAUACUAUGAGCAGUUUGAUCUAUGGCGACGGUUAAUGGACGGCAGGACUAAGUGUAAGUCUUAACGCUCGUUUUCUACAAAUUUGUGAAUUUUUAUUUAUUAAUUUUUGCUGCAAGACAACCGUAAUUCUCUAGCUUCUAUGUAUAAUAUAAACGCAGCAUAUACAUAGUCUCCUAGAUUAUUCUUUUUAUACUUUUUUUCAGCUCGUGAUUUUCUCAAUAUUUAUUUUUGUAUUGAUGAUUAAAAUUAUCCCUUCCGGCUUCGAUAAUUUUUUUUACCUUUACAGAUGCCGGUAAAAAGUAUUUAUACCUACGUAAAGUAAUUAAACCUUAAUAAUUAGGUGCUAUUUUUACAAAUUAUGUAUUAUUUUUGUUUAAAUUUGUGUUUGUAUAUGAGCUCUGAACAGAAUGCAAAGAACAUUUAUUUAUAUCUGAUUAGGCAUUCAUUUUGAUUCCUAGUUAUGAUUAUGAUAUAGGUAUCGUAUUUAUAUCCAAGAAUGGUUUACUUAUUAUAUCCUAUUACCAUGUACUCAGUUCUGUGUAUUUAAGUAUUAUUGUUGUAACAAAAUCAUAAACAUAGGAUAUAUAUUAUA